AUGUGCAAUUCCUGGCUGCUGCCCAUAAUUGCGCUCACUGUUGUCUGCCUGUGGAACUCGCAACAAACCGAAACAUCCAAAUCAUGCCCAGCCGAGUGCAUCUGCUUGUCCCAGACUCAAGUGCUGUGUAACACGGGCGGACUCGAGCAGAUACCGCUGCGCCAGUUGCCCGCAACGGUGGAAAAUCUCGCACUGACGAAAAACCAUUUUCCGAUCAUCAAACCGGACUCAUUUACGGGUCUGCGCGCGCUGAAGAAACUUUCGCUGGAUGGCAAUAACAUAACGCGCAUCAAACAGUUUGCGUUUCGUGGCCUGCCACGUCUCCGGGAGCUCUCCAUACAGUAUACCCCCCUGCAAAUGGUGGCACAGUUUGCAUUUGCCGGCCUUCAGAAUCUAUCGACGAUAUUGCUGAGCCACAAUCAAAUUCAGCGCAUCGAGGGCAAUGCAUUUGCGGGCACGUCAAACAUCAAGCUAAUACUGUUGAGCAACAAUCCGCUGAUACGGAUCGAGAGUUCGGCCUUUUCCAGCCUGACGAAUGUGGGUCACUUGAUAUUGCCGUCGGGCAUACGAAGCAUUGAGCAGGACGCAUUCUAUGGCAUGGAUGCGGUCGGACUGCUCAAGCUGGCCUAUAUGGACCUCAAGGAGAUAUCGCCCUUCACGUUUCGUGGUCUGUCCAAUGUGCUGCUGCUAACGCUGCAGGAAUCCGAUUUGGGCGUCAUCUGUGCGGAUGCCUUUACGGGUCUCACGCAGGUGGAGACGCUGCAGAUAUUGAACAACAAGAUCGACUCGAUUGAGGAGCUUAACUUUACCAAUACGGCGGCCAUCAAGCACUUAAAGUUCCAUGGCAAUCAUGUGCUGGAGACGCCCGAUCCGAAUGCAAUUAUUGUCGAUGGCGUUGAUCAUUUGCAGCUGCUAAACAAUCACUUCCCCUGCGGCUGCCACAUACACACCCUGCUCGACGGCCCACUCGCCGAGGGUGCCCACAAUCUGAGCGAGUUCCUGCAGAAGAACUAUUGCAUCUCGCCGUUGGAGGUCAACGGUCGUGUGAUGAGCGAACUGGACAUCGAUGCGAUCGGACGCUGUGCCGAUCAGCUAACCAAGGGUAAUCUCGGCUCAUCGGCUGCAUCUCUGGCGCUGGGCUUAAAUGCCAUGCUCCUCAUUGCCGUCGCCAGCUGUGUGGAGUGGCGCUAUGCCCGCCUAAUCGCCGCCCGCGUGGCCCAGCUGUUUGGACACAGUCACGUCGCCUGGCGUCGACGCCGGAAACGCCGGCGACCCAACUAAGCUGCCAAAUGUCGACAAGCAAGCGCGGCAACCAAGAAUGAGAGCGAAAACCCCAAUUUGUACUUAAAUCUAAUCCCGCUUAAUGAGUAAGUCAAUUCGUAUGUAUGUAUGUGAAGCAGCAGCCUAAGACCCCCAAUGACCCCAUGUUCCCUGACCCACCUUUUCCCACUGGUCGUACCGGAAACCCAAAAGACUCAACUGCACUGCAUUCGAGCCCGCACUGAUUUCAUUUUGGGUAAGAUCUUAGACUAGAAGACUGUACGGCAUUCUUUGGAUACUUUUCAAAGUUCUCAA